AUGGCUUUCGCGGCGGCCAUGGUCACGGCGAUCGCCUCGGCUGCCGUGGCGUUGCUCCUGAGGGCUGUAUGGGUGACCCUAUCCUGCUACUUCCUGACGCCAAUGAGGAUCCGUAGGGCCAUGGCGGCGCAGGGUGUCCACGGACCCUCGCCGCGUCUGCUCGUCGGCAACCUCCGCGAGGUAUCGGCUCUUGUGGCCAAGGCGACCGCCGGCGACAUGCCGUCCCUGAGCCACGACAUCGUCGGCCGCCUGAUGCCCCAUUACGUACACUGGUCUGGGAUUUACGGGAAGCUGUUCGUGUACUGGUACGGCAGCGAGCCGCGGCUGUGCCUGACGGACACGGACAUGAUCAAGGAGUUCCUGUCGUCCAAGUACGCGCACGCCACCGGCAAAUCGUGGCUGCAGCGGCAGGGCACGAGGCACUUCAUCGGCCGCGGGCUGCUCAUGGCGAACGGCGCCAGAUGGUCGCACCAGCGCCAUGUCGUCGCGCCGGCCUUCAUGCCCGACAAGCUCAAGGGCCGCGUGGGGCACAUGGUGGAGUGCACGAAGCAGACGAUCCUGUCGCUGCGGGACGCGGCGGCGCGGGGCCGCGGCGAGGUGGAGAUCGGCGCGCACAUGACCCGGCUCACCGGCGACAUCAUCUCCCGCACGGAGUUCGACACCAGCUAUGAGACGGGGAAGCGCAUCUUCCACCUCCUCGAGGACCUGCAGCGCCUCACCGCGCGAUCCAGCCGCUACCUCUGGAUCCCCGGCAGCCAGUAUUUCCCGAGCAAGUACAGGAGGGAGAUCAGCCGGCUGAACGGCGAGCUGGAGGGCGUGGUACUGCAGUCCAUCGGCCGGAGCCGCGAGAUCGCCGACGAGGGCCGGACGACGUCCAUGUACGGCCGGGGGCUCCUUGCCAUACUGCUCGCCGAGAUGGAGGAGAAGAAGAAGGACGGCAAGGGUGCACGCGACGGCGGCAAGUUCAGCUACGACACUCAGCUGGUGGUCGACGAGUGCAAGACCUUCUUCUUCGCCGGCCACGAUACGUCGGCGCUGCUUCUCACGUGGACGCUCAUGCUACUCGCCACACACCCGGAGUGGCAGGAAAAAGCGCGCGCCGAGGUCGCACAGGUCUGCGGCGACGACCCGCCGUCCGCCGACCACCUCUCCAAGCUCACCGUGCUGCAGAUGAUCAUCCAGGAGACGCUGCGGCUGUACCCGCCGGCGACGCUGCUGCCGCGGAUGGCGUUCGAGGACAUCACGCUCGGCGACGGCCGCCUCCACCUGCCGCGCGGCCUCUCCGUGUGGAUACCGGUGCUGGCAAUUCACCACGAUGAGUCCAUCUGGGGCGCCGACGCGCACGAGUUCCGGCCGGAACGGUUCGCUGCCGGCAGCGGGCGGCGGUCCUCGUUCCUGCCAUUCGCCGCAGGGCCGCGCAACUGCGUCGGGCAGGCGUACGCUCUUUACGAGGCCAAGGUCGUCCUCGCUAUGCUGCUGGCAAACUUCAGGUUCACCAUCUCCGACGACUACCGCCACGCGCCGGUUAAUGUGCUCACACUCCGUCCCAAGUACGGCGUGCCUGUCCACCUCCGGCCGCUGCGGCCGUAGGGCCUCGAAUUUUCUUGCGUUCGUUUCGCGCUCGCCUUGAUCGGCUAUAGAGAAAGAAGGUUUUGUGCUCUCCGAUUGGUUGGCCCUAGCUGUCUGAGUGACAGGCAAGGCCGGCCUGUCAGCUUUCCGGCUGGUAUAUGCUGCUUCUGUGUCCUAUGCCCCGUGUAGAGACAUACAUA